AUGGAUCCCAAGGAGCGCCUUAAACUACUGUAUCUGACCGACGUGCAAUCGAUGAACCUCGAUGCUCGUCUGAGCCGUCGGGUUGAUGACGAGCAAGUUGGAUCCCAAAAUGCUCCCGUCCCAGCGAUCAACAAUCCAGGAGUAAGUGGAAAUAUUCCUGAGUUUGAUUUCGAUCCCAGUCGCCCCUUAAGGAUGCCCGAUUUUCCUCAUACAAGUCUUUCUUACAUCCGCACCCGUGUGAUUGGUAUUCUACAUGAAGAUGACAGUUAUUUGACCGAACUCGAUCAGGAUGUCAACUCUACCGCCUCCAGCCCCGCGAUGAACCCGAAUCAGCAAGGUCCCUCGGAUGAGUGUAACUCAGACAUGUCCCUUCUGGAUGUCCCGGGCUCAUCUUCGAUCAUAUUUUACCCCGAGAUCCCGAAUCCGACGUCUUUUACCUCCGCAGUUACUAUGGCUCGCUAUGCAAUCAAGUAUUGCAGCGGUGAACAGUCCAAAAUUGUCUCGGAACGAUUCUAUGAUGGCGACAAGUUCUGGAAUCGGACUUGGGACCUUUAUUACCUGCCAGUUCCCCAGUCGGUUUUCAAUAAGCCCUUCCUUCUUAUUCCUACUGUGCAAGCCCAAGCUCUGUUGGAUGAGAUCAAUUCGGCUACCAAUUUCCGCCUGACACUCAAGGGUACGGGGAAGAACGGACUCGUGCUCGAUUUCACUGAUGCAGAGCGAGAGUACUUUAACCCUGUGUUUGUUGGCCGCCCGAGCAGUCUCGAACAAAAGGAGAGGCUUGUUGCCAGGCUUCCGCUGCCCUUGGAUUCCUGGGGAGACUAUCCAACUGAAGAGAAGCCCGCACCCCUGGUCACAUAUCAAUUCAAGGUCACCGCAUCCGUCGAGUCCAUCAAAGUCAAGCCCGAUAAAGAUGCCGAGAAACAGGCGAAGAAAGCAAAGCGAGAUCUUGCCAUAAAGAAGCUUGAGCAGUGUCUGGGCCGCGUGGCAUCCUACUUUGGGUUGCGACCUCUAUUGAAAGAAGGUGUUCAGCAGCCCUCCUUUGCCAAUGGACAGAUUGAGCCGAUUGAUGUCCGGAGCCCUGCCAUGUACUUGUUCCACGAAAUGCCAAUCUUUAUCAGUCUUGAUACCGAGUGGAUGGAGGGUUGCCAUGUCUUGACAGAAGUCGGAAUCUCAGUCUUGGAUACACAGGAGUUGCAAGGCGUGGCCCCUGGUGAUUUCGGUCGCGAGUGGCUGUCGAAAAUUAAGACUCGGCAUCUGCGUGUUUCAGAGCACCGGAGGCAUGUCAAUAGCAGAUAUCAGCGGGGUUGUCCUGAUGAAUUUCACCAUGGCAAAAGUGAGUUUAUCAAGAGCGCAGAUAUCGCUCAGGUGGUGGACGAUGCAUUCUCACCUCCUCCCAUGAUCAUAUACGGGCGUGAGAGGAAGCGUACCGUGAUUAUGGUUGGAUUGAAUCUUAAGGGUGACAUUGAGUUGCUUCAGCGCCAGAAAUGUCAGGUUUUCCUUGACUUGGAUCCAUCGCGUCCCCCUCCUUGCUCUUCCGCGAUUCACGAAGUUGUCGACGUGGCGCAGCUUUACCGUGUCUACUCCGGCGCGCCCAAUACUCCAGGACUUGGAAAUCUCCUGCAAUACCUGCAGGUUGUCGGGCGAGACCUCCACAACGCUGGAAAUGACGCGCACCAUACCUUGGAGGCACUUGUGAGAUUGAUGCUGGAGGCAGCUGGGGAAAAGCCAUGGUCGUAUGAAGAGGCUGCAAGCAAAGCCGCCAGAAACAUGACACUUUCAACUACCGAGGCUGUGCAAGCUCCCACAGAACAGGAUCAGGCUAUGAUGGAUACCUGGGAGCACGAAUAG